GAAUGAGUUAUGAGAAAGGGUCAAAGGGGCAUCUUUAGAUUAGUCUACUACCCCCAAUCCCAAAUCCUAGGCUAGGCUGUCUCAUCUCGUGUAUGUCUGUGUUGGAGUUUAACUAAUUGAAAAGCUCUCCUGGAAGCUUGGUCUUCGUGGAUGUUUGUGCAAGAGUGACCCUCACGAUCUUGCCACCUCUCUCUCUCUGUCUCUCUCAUAUUUUGCAUUGAGAGGUUCGGAAUUUCGGAUCACCACAUGACCAUUUCCUUCUUUGUUUGAACUUUCCCAAACAACCCAUCUCUCUAUCUCUCUCCCUUCUUCCCUUGGUGCCUUUUCUUGCUACAAGGGUUACCCUUUGUGGGGGUUUUCCUGAUUUUGUUUUCUAUUUGCCUUUGCGGGAUUCUUUGACCCAAACUCAUCCUUUCAAACUCUUCAUAUUAUUUUUUUUUUUUUCUAUUGGGGCUCCCUCAUUUUUUGUUGUUUGCACUUGAGGAUUCUUCUUAGUGGGAUUUUUGGCUUCUCUUUGUGUUGUUCUUUUAGCUUUGUAAGCACUUUUUUUUUUUUUUUUGAGGGGUGAGUUUAUUAUCUGUGCCAUUUGGUGCCGUUUUGUUUAAUGGGCUGUUGAUGUCUUUGGCCUUUGGAGUGGUUUCAAGUUCGAAAAGCAUGGGUCAUGAGAAAAACAAUGAGGGUGAGGAACACUGUGAACCUUCAAAAACAAAGACAACAGCAAAAGAUGUAGAAAAUGCUCAUGAACAUGAACAUGAACAUGAACCUCAAAAAGGAGGGAUGUUCCGGCAAAUGAGUGAAAGUUCUAUUUAUGGAACUGAGGAUGAAGAAGAUGAGAAGAUAGAGUUGGGUCCUCAAUACACACUCAAAGAACAAUUCGAGAAGGAUAAGGAUGAUGAAAGUUUAAUGAGAUGGAAGGAACAGCUUCUUGGGAGUGUGGACUUCAAUUCUGUUGGAGAAACUCUAGAUCCAGAAGUUAAGAUCUUGAGCCUUGCAAUUAAAUCCCCUGGUAGAGCUGAUAUCUUUCUUCCAAUUCCUGAGAAUGGAAAGCCCAAGGGCUUGUGGUUUACCUUGAAAGAAGGAAGCCGUUACAGCUUGAACUUCACUUUCCAGGUCUGCAACAACAUUGUUUCAGGUCUCAAAUACACCAAUACAGUGUGGAAAACUGGUGUGAAGGUGGACAGCGUAAAAGAGAUGAUUGGAACCUUCAGUCCUCAGGCAGAGCCUUACUCACAUGAGAUGCCUGAAGAAACAACACCAUCUGGCAUUUUUGCUAGAGGAACAUAUUCAGCUAGAAGUAAGUUUAUUGAUGACGACAACAAGUGCUACUUGGAGAUCAAUUACACAUUUGAUAUCCGGAAAGAUUGGCAGCCGGUUUGAACUGAGAGUUUCCCUUCAGUGUUAUUAUUUUGUUACCUGUUCAUUGUUUUUCAAAGCUGAAAUCUGCUACAAUGUUAACACGUCUCAUUUCCAGUGUGGUAUUUGAUUUUCAAUCCUGUCUGAGACCAGCACCUAAACAAUGAGGGGAGGUUUUUUAGGGAAAAAGAAAAAGAAAUUGAUAUUAAUUUGGUAGGUACUUGUUGAUAAAGUUGAGCUUUUGAGGACAACCUCUCUUGUCUGUGUCUCUUUCUCACCCUCUUUUAAUUGUUGUGCAUGCACGUCAGCAUGUUACUUGUUGGUGAUUCAUAAUUUGGGUUGUGGUAACCUUUAUUUCUUUCCUUUGUGGUUGUUAACCAUUCCUGUAGGAGGCUUUAAGAAGUAAUACAUUAAAGGGCUUAUUCCAUGGUUGUA